UAUGUUUCUGCCAAUCAUUUCUGAGGUUCACGGUCCGUCAUCCAAUCAUAACGUGUCUUGAAAAAGUAGGGGGGCUUUAGCGUUACUCACUUCUUCUUCUUUGGUGCUACCGGAUUCAACUUCCGGCUGCAUCGUCCUCUGGAAAUCACAACAAUGGGCAGUGUUUUGGCUGCCAGCUCCCCCAACCCUCCACCACCAGCUUCUGGUGGUGCUGCCGUCCCCGGGUUGACGGUGCCGCCAGGCUUUGGGAUGCCUCCAGUUUCCUCAGUUAUACCCCCCACUGAGGCAGCCUCAGGACAGCAGCAAGAGGCAGAAAACUCUUUGCCUAACCCAGGUGCAUUUGAUGAGUGUCAUCGCAAGUGCAAAGAGGUUUUCCCUAUGCAGAUGGAAGGUGUCAGGCUAGUUGUCAACAAGGGCCUUAGCAACCACUUCCAGGUGAAUCACACUGUGCUGCUGAGCACCAUGGGAGAGUCCACCUACAGGUUUGGUGCUACAUACGUUGGAUCAAAGCUGACAGGUCCAGCAGAGUUUUUUCCAGUCAUGGUGGGAGACAUGGACAACAGUGGCAGCCUUAACGCCCAGAUCAUCCACCAGAUCAGCAACAGAGUACGAUCCAAAUUGGCCUUCCAGACACAACAACAGAAGUUUGUGAACUGGCAAGGCGAUGCUGAGGUCAGGGGAGAAGAUUUUACUGCAACGAUCACACUUGGGAACCCAGAUGUCCUUGUCGGCUCUGGUAUUGUUGUAACACACUACCUCCAGUCCAUAACGGCGGCUCUGGCUCUGGGAGGGGAGCUGGUUUACCACCGCAGGCCGGGAGAGGAAGGCACAGUGAUGUCGUUAGUUGGCAGAUACACAGGCAGUAAUUACAUCGCCACAUUGACACUCGGCUCAGCGGGGGCUCAUGCUUCAUACUAUCACAAAGCCAACGAGCAGUUGCAGGUCGGUGUGGAGUUUGAAGCGAGCACCCGCACACAAGACACCAGUGUGUCAUUCGGCUACCAGCUAGAUGUGCCUAAAGCCAAUUUACUGUUUAAAGGUUCACUAGACAGUAACUGGGUCGUUGGUGCAACGUUAGAAAAGAAGUUGCUCCCGCUGCCACUGUCUCUGGUCCUCUGCACCUUCCUCAACCACCGCAAGAACAAGUUCCAGUGCGGUUUUGGCGUCACUAUCGGUUAGACUCACUGAGCAGCGGGUUAUCGACCCGCAGACUGACGUCACAGAACGGACAGACUCACUAUGGACGAGCAGACUAUAUACCAUGUACACAACUGUGUGUCCCAUCACCUCAAUCUGUCACUUGAUUCGGCCAAUAUCAUGUUACUGGUUUCCCAGAUUGUGUUCCAUCAAAUGUGGUGAAUAGAAGGUAAUAAUGUAAAUCUAAUGCAUUUAAUCCUAUAAGAUGAAUCGCCUGAUUGAUCCGAAGUGUAAGAAAUAAUGUGACUGGUCAGGAAUUUGUUGACUGUGGACUCUCGACACAAACCCAUAGACGGUAGAAAGACGUAACACAUUAAGAGACAUUACAGAAUUACAGAGCUCUUUGUUUUUGUCACUGAGUUCAGUGCCUGUCGCUCCAGUUUUGAAUUUUAUUCGUGUUUUUUUACUGUAAAGUCUGUUUUGGCGUGCAGUGAAUAUUACUGUCAUUUGCUUGUUUAAAGGUGAUUUAUUGAUUACAGACAAGUUUACCAGCUAUCAGGAAGGAGUGUACUGUACUGCAUGUCACGUUCACAAUCCGUCACUUGUUUUGUUGCCUUUUUUAUGUUACCUACAUAUGAAACCGUAUAUAUGACCUGUAUAUACCUCUUGGAAACUGAUAAAUACCAUUUCUUACAAAAA